AUGGAGCAUGAAAAAAUUGAGAGAAGCUCAGGGGAAAGAAGGUCUGCUAGGCUCCAAGCUAAAGAGAGGAAAAAGCCCAUCAAGAGUGAAGAGAACAAGACUAAUACUAGCCUUUAUACAAUUUUUUAUUUGGAAGAUGAGGAAGACUCAAAGGACAAUUCUGAGGACGAAGAUUUUGAAGUGGAGGAAGAGGAACUGACUAAAAGCCCUAAUCAGGAUCUGGAAGCACAAGAGGAAGGAGAAGAGAAGAACAACAAGUUGAAAAGCGAGCAUGAGUCUCCUUUCAAAAAUGCCAAUCACCCUAACACCUUCGAGGAAGAGAAAAUGGUGUCAUGUUUGCCUAUGAGGCAAACCGAGGAGGCUAACAACAAUGUGGAGGAGCAACUAAAUGAAAUGAAGAAAAAAGUGGCCAUGCUAGAGAAGAACUAUGAGGAAUAG